AUGGCACAAAUGGAUCUGGAAUUAAAGAAGGCGUUCACCGAAAUGCAAAUAAAUAAAUUGGAAACAGCCAAAAAGAUUAAUAUGAUUGAUAUGCGAUGCGACAUGGUAAAGACAGGCAAACAUAAGUAUCAGUUAACGGAAAAGGUCACCAGCAACCUGGCCGACGAUACAAGAGUUUAUCUGUCUGUUGGACGCAUGUUUCUGCUAACCAGUGUAAAUGAUAUGCGCGAUGAGCUAAAAAAUAAACAGGACAAAUGUGAUAAAGCCAUUGAUCUGCUCGAGAAAAAGAAGGAAUUUCUGCAAAAAUCUCUGAAGGACCAGGAGGACGGUCUGCGUGAGUUGGUUCAGCAGCGUAAGGAUGCGGAUGCCAGCACGAAAUAGGUGCGAAUACAGAACAAAAAUACAUACAUCUACGCAAGGCAUUUAACAGUCUUUCACACACCUACGGACAAACGGUAGUUUGCAUUCGAAUUGUGUUAUUUAUUUACAACAUAAUGGUCUAAAUUAAAAUUUGCAUAACUAACAAA